AUGGAUGCCAAAGUUUAUCUACAGUCUUUUGGAUGGACAGAAGGGGAACCCUUGAAAAAAGGUGGUUUGAAGAAACCCAUUUUGGUCAAACACAAGAAGGAUAGUAAAGGUCUAGGGCACGAUUCGAAUCACGCUGAUAUGUGGUGGGAAAAACUAUUUGAUGGACAAUUGAAGGGGUUGGAAGUUAAUAAUCAAAACAAGGCAGAUGGUGUUUCUUUCAAGCAUAAUAACGAAACCGUGUUGAAAACUUUGAACAGGAAUAUGUCCCCCCUAUAUCGAAUGUUUGUGAAAGGAAAGGGUCUAGAGGGCACACUAGGGAAAAAAGACCACAUACAGGAAGCUCAUGUUACAGAUUUAGCAGCAAAAGCUGCUACUGAAAUGGAAAAAUUGACAAGUAUUAAGCUGAAGGCGACAACAAAAGAGGAAAAGAGCAACAAGAAGGAGAAGAAGGACAAGAAGGACAAGAAAGAGAAGAAGGACAAGAAGGACAAGAAGGACAAGAAGGACAAGAAGGACAAGAAGGACAAGAAGGAAGAGUUCAGCUGCAAGAAGCGAUGGACAAGGGAAAGUGAUCCAGCUCUCGAGAAGGGCAAGAAGAGGCGGAAAAGGGAACCUACAGUCAGUCUAACGAGUUAA